GUUGGGAAGGUUGACUUUCCGAUUAAAGGCUAAUCAUACACAUUAAAAUUAAGCCGUUACGUGCUAAUUUGUUGGGCGAUAUUUAUCUACUUUAUUUUUUUGUUAGUACCAAACCGUGUAAAAACAAAACCGGGUUUGAAAAUAAAUACUCAAAUUUAGUUUAACCUGAGGAAGGUGACUCCCUUUCCCCGUGUCAUAAUUUUACAACGUUGUCCGAAACCCAACACAAUGUAUAUCUUUAGGUGAAUAUACAGACAUCAGUGUCUUUAAUUUUUAUUUUUAUCGCCGUCCAAACACAUGGAACGCACUGAUGGCUAUGACCUUACUAGCUUAAAGUCACCGUAAACACACAGCUCAAAAGGGGUGUACAGAAUUUACAUAUUUCCAUGUACGUACCUAUUAUUAUCUAUGACCCCAACGCCACACCCGCUUUCGUUUUAACAAACUACCACACACAUUUCAAAAAAUAUUUCAACAGUGUCUCGACGGAGUGCGUCCAUCAGCACUUUACUGGACGAAAAUAUGCGUUCAAUCUUCGUGUUCGGUUAAACACGUCGCGGUGUACGUUGAAGCUUUUCGGCUUGGUUUAGCUUAGCUCGUUAACAAAGAGACAGAUUUGUGAACAGCAUCCCAAAGUGUGAGCGUAAGGUUUUGUGAUUGUGGUGGUGAAAAUGUGUACAAGAAGAACAGAAUAGUUCGAGGAAGAAAUUUGUAUAACAAACGAUGAGAGCCAGCCACAACGUCACCUGCGGAACGAUCUUUCAACGAAACCUCGAAUUGGAUUAAACAUAGCAGGGUGCACGCUGUUUUGAUCGGAGAGGAAGACAACAGCAUGCUCUUGUAUGGGCCAAAAAAUGUCAAGUAUCAGGAACAAAAACAAGUACAGACGGGACUAACGCCGCCUUCAAAAUGCUGCCUUAGAUACUGUCUGCAUUGAAAAAAUACAGCUCUGGGAAGAUGAAUCCUUACUGAGAAAUGAGUGAUCUCGGUCCUGGGCCGAAGGAGCCAGGAUCCCCCAAAAUUAAAGAGGAUGUGGAGGAUGAAAAGCCUCCCCACAAUCAAGAGGAAGAGGAGCUGGAGCCCCCUUACAUGAAAGACGAAGAAGACCCCUCCCAGAUUAAAAAGAGAGAGGUGUCAGCGCACACACACAUAAAACAGGAGGCAGGUGAAGAGCGCCCUCUCAUCAAAAGAGAGGAAGAUGAGCACCCCAUGAAAGAGGAAAAGGAGGCAGAUGUCACAAAGUUAUGCACGACUUGUUUCCCUGAAAGCAAGGAGAACAAAGGGACAGAACCUCCAGUGAGCAGCAGCUCAAACCAACACAUGAAAAGUGAAGGUCAAGGACACAAGUGUGUAGGGUCACAAGCAUAUGGUGUCAUACCACCACUCUCAGAUAAUGAAGACAGAUCAUCACACUCUCCUCACACUGAUGACUAUGAUGAUGAUGAACACACUCAAGGUUAUACGACUUGUAACACGGACAACAAAGCCUGCAAAUGUUCUCAGUGUGGAAAAACAUUUGCCUUAAAGAGCCGUUUGAUACGUCACAUGAGAGUACACACUGGAGAGAAACCUUUUCACUGCUCAUUUUGCGGCCAAAGAUUCUCUUGUAAAAGUCAUUUGACAGUACACAUAGGCGCACACACUGGACAGAAACCUUUUGCCUGCUCAGUUUGUGGUAAUAGAUUCACUUGUAAAAGUUCUCUGACAACACACACAAGAGCGCACACAGGAGAAAAACCUUUUGCCUGCACAUAUUGUGGUAAAAGAUUCUCUAGAAAGGGUAUUUUAAAAAAACACACAAGAGCGCACACUGGAGAGAAAUCUUAUGGCUGCUCAGAUUGUGGUGAUAGAUUUUUUACAAAACGAAUUUUAAAAACACAUACAAAAACACAUAAUGGUGGGAAACCUUUUAUCUGCUCAGUUUGUGGUCAAAAAUUCUCUUUUAAAACACAUUUGACAACACACACACGAGCACACAGUGGAGAGAAGCCUUUUGCUUGCACAGAUUGUGGUCAACGAUUCUGUAGAAAAGGAGAUUUAACAAUACACACCAGAAUACACACUGGAGAGAAACCUUUUCCCUGUUCAAUAUGCGGCCAAAAAUUCUCUCUGAAGGGAUAUUUAAUGAAACAUACAAGAACACACACUGGAGACAAACCUUUUGCUUGCUCCGAUUGUGGUCAGAGAUUCCUGAGAAAAGGCGAUUUAAAAAUACACUCUAGAACACACACUGGAGAGAAACCAUUUGCCUGCACCGAUUGUGGCCAAAGAUUUUGCAGGAAAGGAGAUUUAAAUAAACACACAAGAACGCAUACCGGAGAGAAACCUUUUUCAUGCUCAGAUUGUAGCAAACAAUUUGCGAGAAAAGAGGAGUUAAAAAUACAUACAAGAGCACACACUGGAGAGAAACCUUUUGCCUGCUUAGAUUGUGGUCAAAGAUUCUCUGUGAAGGGACGCUUAAAAACACACACAAGAACUCACACUGGAGAUUAACAAUUUGCCCGAUCAGUUUGGGGUCAAAGAUUCUGUCAGAGUGGAAACCCAAUACACACACUGGAAUGUAAACAGUUUGCCUGCUCAAUUUGCAUUCAAAUAUUCUUUUCAUAGAACUCAAUGGACCUUUCCGACUGGUGAGCUUUAGCUCCGCCACCUUAGCUACAGUUGCCAUGUCCCACAAGCUUCCAAAAUGGCAACUGAACAGAAGAGGUUUGAAGUUGAUUUUCUAUCGUGUAUUCAUAUAAUAUUGCGGUAUGUUUUUUGCCAAAUGCGUCAGACUUGUCCAAAAGAGUUCUACAGAGAGGUCUCAACUAUUACACGCAUAUGUUAACGGAAUUAAGAUUUUGAAUGGAGCAGGAAGUAAUAUCAGAGUUACAGCGAAAUGUCGGCGAUCGAUGCAAAAAUCGUUGACACCUCACAAACUUCAUAUUGAAAUGUAACAAUAAAAUAGUGGAAUCGUAUUGCACAUGCAAAGUAGGGUGAGUACUUUUUACUUGGAAAGAUCCUAAGUAAUAUCAUUCUAGUCUUUAUAAGUGAGUUAGGCUCAAUUUUCUACAAGUGCAUUUAAACAAUGAUUAACUCAGUCAGUACUGUACUCACCAGAUGAAAAAGUUUGACUUAGCUUGUAAUCGAACUCAGUGCUCUGUCUUAAAAGACUGAUGUGAUACAAAUGGGCAAAUAGACAUUUCUCUUGCAUGACAUCGCGCAUUUAGGUAUCGCUAACCCGACACUUCGGCAUAAAACAUUACACGCUUCAUUCAGCAGGUGAGUGAUACACUAACAAAGUGAAAGUUGUUCUCCUGCAAUGUAUAAAGCACUGAUAAUAAUGAAAUCAAACUCGGAGUAGGUACUUCUCCCUCACUUACCUUCGAACAUACAGCCUCGUGUUUCUUGAUAUUGUCCACGUUUAGUUGUACAUGCACUCUUCCGGGAGCCUUAAUUCAUCAUAGACACUUUUUUAACUAUGUUUUAGGCCUUAGAAAAUGAAUCAACCCUUGUAACCUAGAAGGAUAUCUUUCAUCAGAAUUGCACGUUGCCCAAGUGCAUCAGAGGACCAUUUUCUUUGUAACAUUAACUUUUCCAAGCGCACACUACUGACAACCAGUGUUACUUGUUGGACAAUAUGGCAGCAGGCACGUGUCAAGCCAGCGGUUAAGGCAAUGCGGCUAUCUGAUUGGCUAUUAUUGUACGAGAGAUUGACAGGUCGGAAAGGUCCAUUGGCAGUGGACUCUAAGAUCCACAGUGAAAAAACACCCUUGCUUGCUGACUUUGUGGUCAAAGACUCUCUAGCCAAACUAAGGAAUACACACAAGGACAUAAAUGGUACAAAAAGUUUUCACCUGGUCAAUGGAGACUACAACAUUGCUUCUCUCUCUCCCUUCUACAAACAACCUCACAUUAAAUGUGCAGCAAGAAGGAAUAAAGGUUUGGCAAGGAUUUGCUCUUAACGAUUCGUCUUAGUGUUUUAUGUGUAGAGCGACACGUGGGCUUUUGUAAAAAGCAAUGUUCAAUAAAACUUUAGAUGAAAUUGUUUCAGUCUCAGGCUGUUAAAUAGAUCACUACUUGACUGUUCUAGAGAAGUUUUUGCCUCUUGACAGGCUUAAUUCGUUUACCUUUACCCUUGGACUUCAGCUGUCUUAUCUUGCAUAUGUUCAUGUGCAAUGUCUUCGAAGACAACCCUAACAGUUUCGUUAAAAUCGAUCCAAUGAAUGAGAAUAUUCAUAGCCAUAAAUGUUGACUCAUAAAACUAAUGACUGUGACCCUGAUUUUGAACAAUCUUGUAUCUUAUCUCCACAGUUGUACUUUGCAUGUCUUCUUGUAAUCUAUGUACCUUCUCUAAAGCUUCCUGUGCACAAGUACUGUGAAAGUUUAGAAUUCGCGUGCUCGGGGUGAAGCAGUUAAAGCAAUGGAUCUGCUUUGUCAAAUGCUUUUGUGAUGUGCAUAUAAAUUUAGCGAAUAAUUUAUUAAAUAGACUGUCAAUGAAUUUGGGCUCAUGGUGGGAUGAUAGAAAAGUAUACACUGUACAUGAUUCAGGUUUAAACACAACUUAAAUUCCAUCAAUCCAUUUUCUGAGCUGCCUAUCCUCACAAGGGUCACAGGAGUGCUGGAGCCUAUCCCAGCUAUCAUCGGGCAGGAGGCAGGGUACACCCUGAACUGGUUGCCAGCCAACCACAGGGCACAUAGAAACAAACAACCAUUUGCAGUCAUAAUCACACCUAAGGGAAAUUUUGAGUCUCCAACACGUUUUUGGAAUGUGGGUUGAAACCAGAGUGCCCGGAGAAAACCCACACAGGGAUGGGGAGAACAUACAAACUCCAUACAGGCGGGGCCAGGAUUUCAACCCCGGUCUUCAGAACUGUGAGACAAACACGUCCACCAUUCCGCCACCCAAUUUUCACCUGAUAAUCAGAAUAGAAAUGAUUAAAUUGACUUAAAAGUGAAUAGCAUUUAACAUUUGCUGCGAUAAUCUCGACUUGCAAAAAUUGCAUUGACCCUGUGACCUUCAACAGACUGUUGCAAUCUUCAUUUAAAAUGCUUUUCCAGACCUUUACUGCAGCCUCUUUCUCAGUUCUUUUCUUUCUCGGGGUUGCCGUCUUCAGUCUCCUCGUCAGGAGGUAAAAUGCAUGCUCUAUUGGGUUAAGGUCUGGUGAUUCAUGUGCCCACUCUUGUUUUAGACCAUCCACUCAUUCUGAUUAAAUCACUUGUUGCGUUGGAAUUGUGUUUUGAUUCAUUGUCUUGUUGCAUGAUGACGUGUCCCCUGAUUAGUUCGGAUGCAUUUUUCUUGAUAUCUAUGUUACUAAAAGUGUACUAAAUGUGAAAUUCGCCCUCCUGCCCGAAAAUAGUUGGGAGUGGCUCCAGCACUCCUCGGACCAGCCGCCACCUACUUUUUAAGGGUCACAAACAUCCUGGAAUAUAUCCCAGCCGACUCUGGCCACCCUCAACUAGUCACCAGCCAAUCACAGAGCAUAUUAUAUUAUCUACCAUAACGUUACAUCAAACAUUUAUUUGAUGUUGCUGGCAUAUCAUUUUGGAUUUAAUUAUGCCUUAAUGUCAGUGGGAUCAAGAGGAAACAGACAACCCAUGUAGGUGGGAGAAA